AUGAAAGGCUACGAGUUAAGCCCAUUCUCCUUGGAAAGGCCAAGCUUCAGCGUCACGGUAAAGUGCACCAGUGGAGUUGGCAGGGAAGCAGGAAGAAAGCUGAGGUAUGAGGCCUCCAAGAUGGCUCACAGCUUCAACGUGACUGCGAAAUGCGCAUCUGGCUACAAGGGCACUGCUUCCGUCUCCACGUGCAAAACUGCUGGCACUCCGUAUUCACUCACGGGCUGUGUGCCAGAGACAUGUGCGCCGCCUUCAGACGGGAAGGGGUACGAGCUCAAAGCCUUUUCGAUAGACCGGCCCAGCUUCAGCGUGUCUGUGAAGUGCAGCAGCGGCAUCGGACUUGGCAGGGCCAAGGUGUGCACAAAAGAUGGCGAGCCUUACACGCUCGAAGGCUGCUACAUCGGUCAGUGCACGUCGCCGGUCGGCCAUGCGGCGCAAGGCUAUGUCGUGUACGAAGGUUCCAAGAUGCCGCACAGCUUCCACGUGACCGCGUCAUGUGCUGCCGGCUACAGAGGCACUGCAUCCGUGUCUGCCUGCAAGGAUGCAGAUGCACCGUACUCUCUCACCGGCUGCGUGCCUGAAACUUGUACUGAGCCCAGCUCGACAGAGACAGAAGGCUACGAGCUGAAAGUCCAUUCACUGCAGCGGCCCAGCUUCAGUGUCUCUGUCAGAUGCAAGUCGGGCAUCGGGUUUGGCAAGGCCACAGAGUGCACAAAGGACGGUGAACCCUACACAGUUGAGGGCUGCUACAUGGGUGAAUGCACAUCACCUGCUAACCUGGCCGAUCAUGGCUAUGUAGUGUACGAAGGCUCCAGAAUGCCUCACACUUUCGAUGUUCGAGCCACUUGUGCUAUGGGCUACAAGGGCACGCCGGAAGUCAAAGCAUGCGACACAACGCAGCAGCCGUACUUGCUCAGUGGAUGCAGCGCAGAGAGUUGCGUUGAGCCAAGCGUGGUCGACCAGGCCAACUAUGAAGUCGAGAUCCACUCGCUGUCCCGGCCAUUCUUCCGCGUGACUGCCAAAUGCAAGCAUGGCUUUGGAACCGCCAAAGUGAAAGAGUGCCACAAAGAUGGCGACCCAUUCGAGCUCGAAGGCUGUAUGGAUGCUUGUGCCUCGCCCAAGAAAGCUGCGGAGGCCGGCUAUGUGGUGUUCGAAGAAAAGCUGGUGAUGAACGAGUUCUCAGUGUCCGCCAGUUGUGCUGAUGGAUACAAGGGCACUGCGACAGUAGGCAAGUGCGGAGCUGCUAACGAGCCGUACAUCUUGACGGGAUGCUCGCCCGUGAAAUGUGCUGAGCCAAGUGCUGCGGACAAGGCCGCAUACGCUCUGACAGUACAUUCUGCGGAAAUGCCAUCGUUCAACAUCGUGGCCAGCUGCAAGAACGGCGUUGGAACCGCCAAGGCCAGGGCAUGCGCCGAAGAUGGACAGCCUUUUGUACUGGAAGGCUGUCCAUCCUUAUGUAUCUCUCCAAAGAAAACCGUCGAGCACGGGUACAAAGUGUUGGAAAAGUCCUUGCUGAUGAGCGACUUCGAGGCCCACGCAGUCUGUGCAGAUGGCUACACAGGCGUGGCGGCUGUGGCCAAGUGCACAGCGCCGAACGAGCCGUACUCCCUGAGCGGCUGCUCACCGGCGAAGUGUGCCGAGCCGAGCAAUGCGGCGGCGUAUGACUUGACGGUUUUAUCAGUGGAGGUGCCGUCAUUCAGUGUUGUGGCAAAGUGCAAGAACGGUGUCGGAACUGGAAGGUCCAAGGCCUGCUCCAGAGAAGGAGAGCCUUUCGUACUGGAGGGCUGCCCCUCCAUGUGCAGCUCUCCCAAGCGGACCUCGGAGGAUGGCUACGUCGUGUUUGAGAAGUCCUUGUUGUUUGACGACUUCACUGCGCACGCAGUCUGUGCAGAUGGCUACACCGGCAAGGCCUCGGUCGGCAAGUGUAGUGCGGUGAGUCUUCCGUACACCCUUGGUGGCUGCGCACCAGCAAAAUGCGUGGAACCAACGGGGGCUGAAAUGUUCAAUUACAACAUCGCGGUCAACAGUCUGUACCUACCAACAUUCAGUGUUACGGCAACGUGCAGAAAUGGAUCUGGUCGUGGCAAGGCUUUGCCAUGUAAGGGCGACAGGCUGCCCUACAAGCUGGAAGUCCUUGCUUGGCCAAGCAGUGCUGGCAUCAGUUGCGCAAAGCAUGACGCAGCUUCCAAUGCAGCCCCAGGCUGGAUAGAGAUGAGCUCGGGUGCAGAUGCCGGCGCUGGUGUUCCCCCGACAGCGCCAGCGGCAGCCGUGCCUGCACCACCUCACGAGACGCAGACGGUCGCUACGGCCUCCGCCCCGCAGUCUUUGCCGGCUCUACCAGAGGAGGCCGAAGCCGGCGACGGACGGAGAGAGGAGUCGGACUUGUUGCAGUACUCACAGACUCUGGGUAUUGACCUCACACAGCACUCUGACUUGCUUUGGGUCGUCCAGGAGGCCUUCAAUGCUCCUUUGCCGUUGAGCUGGACCGAGUACACGGACGAUGAGGGUCGUGUCUACUUCUUCAAUCAGUCAUCGAGCCAGUCCACCUGGGAACAUCCCAUGGACGCGGUGUAUCGGGAAUUGCUCACCUCACUGGCAUUGGUAGCUUCUCUGGACGCCAUGGGUUCAGCGGCCUCUGCCAGCUUGAAGUCGGCCGCUGCGGGUGCGACGGACCAGGAGCUUGCUGCAGCGCUGUCGCAGCUGAAUGCGGCGGACUUGCAGAAGUUGAAGUCUGCCGUGGCUGGCAGGCAGCGUGUGGUUGUCGUAGGGUGGGGCCCGGUGGGCCACGCCGUUGUGGCGAAGCUCUUGGCCAAAAGCGGAACCCUGCAGGUUGUGGUCAUCAGCGAGGAGAAUUACCCCGCCUACAACAGAGUGAAGCUGACUACCUUCUUUGAGCAUCGGGAUCCCAAUCAGCUGGCCCUCAGUAGUGUGGAGUGGUGUCAGUCCAAUGGCGUGGAGCUGCUCCUUGGAAAGGCGACGAAGAUCGAUCGUGGCGCGAAAAGUGUAGAGUACACCACACCGAAAGGUGAGGUGAAGAGCACUGCCUACGACCAAUUGGUGCUGGCAACAGGGAGCAAACCGUGGCUGCCGCCCGUACCAGGCCUGUCCCUCGAUGUGCCUGGUGUGCAUGUUUACCGGACGAUCGAUGACCUCUUCCAGGUCACGGAGAGGGCCAAGAAUGCGAAGGCUGCUGCAGUGAUUGGGGGAGGCCUUCUGGGUCUGGAAGCUGCCAAGGCAGCCUACGACCUGAAACUGGAGACGUACGUGCUGGAGGUCGCGCCUGGGCUGAUGCCGGUGCAACUGGAUGCUGAGGCUGGCGCCAUGCUCAAGGGCAAGAUCGAGUCUUUGGGCAUCAAAGUUCACACAGGUGUGAAGGUCCUGGAGGUGCAACAGGGCGACGGUGGCUUGCAAGGGGUGAAGAUCGAGGUGGGAGGCCAAGAGCAGGUCUUGGACGUCCAGCUGCUCAUCGUGGGCGCAGGCGUGCGGCCACGUCAGGAGCUUGCAGAAGCCAGCGGACUCGAGUUGGGAGGCCGGGGCGGAGUGAAGACGGACCACACGAUGAGGAGCGUGACGGAUGAGCAUGUGUGGGCCGUGGGCGAGAUUGCCUCCUACAACGGUGGCAUGUGCUACCAGCUCUCUGCGCCAGGCUACACGCAAGCUGAGGUCCUGGCCGACCACCUGACCAAUCCUGCUGCAGAUUCCAAGUUCAUGGAUGCAGACUUGUCGACCAAGCUGAAGUUGUUGGGAGUGGACGUGGCAUCCUUCGGUGGCUCCUCCGAUUUCUGGUUUAAGCGGCAGUACACCUCGACGGAUCCUGAGCAGGUGAAGACGACUGUGGCCAAGGAUGAGGCGUCGGGCUGCUACAAGAAGCUGGUUUUCACCGCCGAUGGCACCAAGCUCCUGGGUGGGAUUCUAGUCGGCGACAUCUCCGACUUCGCCUCACUCACCGCGGUCUCCAAGAGAGCGGACAUCGGCGGCCUCACGCCGGAGGAUUUGAUGGCUGGGAAGAUGCCGAAGGUCGAUGAUGGCGGCGAUGGGACCAACCUCGGAGAUGAGGAUUUGGUGUGCAACUGUCACUCUGUUCCGAAGAAGGUCAUCCGGGACGCGAUCAAGGGCGGCGCUCACACCUUCGAGGACAUCAAGAAGUGCACCAAAGCCGGUACCGGAUGCGGCACUUGCAUCCGGACCGGGCCACAGCCAAAGCUUUUGUCGCACACGCUGAACUCUCUUGGUGUGGAGAAGGGCUGCUGCAAAAGCCUUCCCUUCGAAGCCGACGACAUCGAAGACCUGGCCAAGGCCCGGCAGCUGAAGACGUAUGACGAGCUGGUGUCCAAUGAGCCUCGGACUGGUGCGGAGGGGCUCGGGGACCUUGAGGUUUUCAGGCGAAGUGCCGAGUGCUGUGCCGAGUUGGGCUACCCGCCGGCAGCGCUGGAGGGCGACAAGGCGGCACUUGCCGGCGUCCUUGACAGGAUCGGUGGCAAGCCUAAGGGUGAAGGGAUGGACCAUGCCGGGCAGCUGAAGGCCCUGAAGGAAGACCUUUGGAAGUUCGUUGACAAGAUGAAUUGCAAUCCCAUCCUGCUGCGACUAGCCUGGCAUGAUGCGGGCACCUACGACAAGUCCAAGAGCGACUUUGGAGACAGGGGCGGCGCCAACGGCUCCAUCCGCUUCUCCCCGGAGAUCACUAUGGGGGCCAACAACGGCUUGGACAAAGCAGUGAAGUACUUGGAGCCCUUCAAGGCUGACUACCCCUUAGUGUCGUAUGCGGACCUCUACCAAAUGGCAGCGGCCGUCAGCAUUGAGCAUGCUGGUGGACCCAAGAUAGAGAUGAAGUAUGGUCGCAAGGACGCGACGGGUCCUGAAGCAUGCCCUGGCCGUCAAUCUCGAGGUACGGCCGACAACGCCGGGCUUCCUGAUGCCGAGCCCGGGCCCGAGGGCAAAUUUGGCUGCGGGGCCACAGAUGCAGCAAGCCACCUACGGAACAUCUUCUACAGGAUGGGCUUCGAUGACAAGGGCAUCGUUGCGCUGUCCGGGGCACAUACGAUUGGCCGGGCUUUCAAAGAGCGAAGCGGCACGGUCAAAGAGGGCUAUGGUGAGUCGAACGGCUGCCCUUACACGCGUGCCCUGCCAGCAUCCUGCCCCAUCAGACACGACGGGAAAGGAGGAGUUGGCAUGCCGGGUGGGAAGUCGUGGACAUCAAAAUGGCUCAAGUUUGACAACGAAUACUUCCAGCCCUCCGUCUAUGAAGAGAAAGAUGCCAAUCUGCUUUGGUUGUCAUCGGACCGGUGCCUUCACCAAGAUGAGAGCUUCAAGAAAUACUUUGUGCAAUACCGGGAUGAUCAGGCUGCUUUCUUCAAGGAUUUCGCAGAGGCUUACAAGCAACUUUCAGAACAAGGGGCAGAGUUUGAGCCUGCAAGUGGCAUUUCGAUCUAA